UCGUCGAUGGUGUAGACUUAUUACACCAAUCUUAUGGAGUGAACCUACAAAUUAUUUCAAAGAUAAAAGACUUAUAAGCAUAUAUCUUUUAGCAUUAAAUGCUGAAGAGCAAGCUCUAUUAAUCCCAUUUAAAAUUAUUCUUCCAAAUUAUCCAAGGCCAUUAUUUGAGUACGAAAGCUAUGCUACAACUGUUGGUUCUUAUUUUGCUGAUGGAGUCAAAAAUUGGCUUAAAAAUGAAGGACAUAAUGUAAAAUAUUUCGAAAAAAAACAAACUUGA